AUGGUUGACACCACACUUUUCUGUAAAACCUUCAACGCUAACAUCCUUAUAGUUCAAAUAUAUGUUGAUGAUAUUAUUUUUGGUUCUGCUAAUCCCUCUGUUUUCAAGGAAUUUUCUAAGAUGAUGCAGGCUGAAUGUGAAAUGAGCAUGAUGGGAGAACUGAAAUUCUUUCUGGGAAUUCAAAUUGACCAAAGACCAGAAGCGACUUACAUUCAUCAGAGCAAGUACACGAAGGAACUUCUGAAAAAGUUCAACAUGCUUGACUGCAAGGUAGCUAAAACUCCAAUGCAUCCGACAUGCAUUAUGGAGAAAGAAGAGGUAAGUGGAAAGGUAUGUCAGAAGCUACAUCGUGGUAUGAUAGGCGCUCUUCUAUAUCUAACUACUUCUAGACCUGAUAUUUUAUCCAAUGUUCAUUUAUGUGCAAGAUUCCAAUUUGAUCUGAGAGAAUCUCAUUUAACUGUUAUUAAGAGGAUUCUGAGGUAUUUGAAAGGAACAACUAACCUUGGCCUGGUGUAUGAGAAAACAUCAGAGUAUACUCUUUCCGGGUUUUGUGAUGCAGAUUAUGCUGGAGAUAGAAUUGAAAGGAAAAGUAUUUCUGGAAACUGUCAAUUUCAAGGAAGCAAUCUGAUCUCAUGGUCAAGCAAGAGACAAUCAACAAUUUAUCUUUCAACAGUAGAAGCAUAA